GUAUCAUUAUUGGUGAAUCAGUGUGCACACGGUGUGUUAUGACACCGCUGGUAGUCAUGUUUUUAUAGGUUUGGCAUUAGCCAUCGUUUACCGAUUGGUUUUCUCAUCUGUCGAUACAAAGACGACCCGUUUGAUUAGUACUUCCGUCAUUGCCCAGGGCACACAGUAACACGACAGCAAGGUGGUACUAAAGUCAAACAUUAACUGAUUCUGUUCAGAACUUUAAAAAGAACGAUAAGAAUAUAAUCUGUCAUAAACACAUAAUAACAAAAGCUUUUGACUAAGUUACUGAGAUGAUAGCAAUACGGAUAGCAUUUCUUUUGUUUUGGAUGGCUGUGGUAUGUGGACAAGGACAAGAAUUUGACUUAUCACAAUUUGACUUUAGUGGAGUAAAUUUUAAUGCAAAUCAGCCUUCCAGUGGCCCAACGCAAGCUCCCGUUGGAUUGGCAUUUUCAAAUCAGGCAUCGGGGAACAGUUUUCCACCAUCACCAAUGAUGGCUUCCCAAGGGAAACAACAGCAAAACCAGCCCAUGUUUAGUAACCCACAGCAACAGGGAAACCAAUUAGCCUUCCCAACACAAAAUCAAAAUCAACCACCUCAAACCCAAUUCUCUCAAACAAGUAUACAGUCUUCCCGAGUAAAUAGUUUAACUCCAGAGGAAAGCUGGUUAACAGUAGGCGGAUCUCAGAUGCAGAAUCGUAACCCUGGACUGACUGGUCCCAUGGUGAACGGCUUAUCCCCCAACAGUAACGGACAAUCCGGCUUCCCCAAUCAAAAUGGAUUUGCCCAAAGAGGUACACAAGGAGGAUUCCUAAAUAGAGGUCCUCCAGGUCCAGGUUUCACCAAUCAGGGACCCAGGCUCCCUCCCAAUAGGGGACCGGGUGGAGGAUUCGAACAGUUCGGAACACCAGGGAAUGAUAUGCUCACAUUUAACGUGAACGCCAUGGGACAAGGGCCCAGCGAUUUCAGUGCUUUUAGCAAUAAUCCUUUUGCUGGCACUCCUUUCGGAGAUGGACUUAACAUUGAUCAAAACCAAUUUGGUAACCCAAACCUUGGUAACCCUAACACGAGAAUUCCUAAUAUGAACACAAUCGGGAGGCCACAGGUCACCAUAGUAGAUGCUGCCAAUCUCCCCCCAAGUGUUCAAAUGGCGAUGAACAUGAACGGAAGACCGGUAGGGGGCUUUAUGGGACCCGUUCCUGGAGGAUUACCUGGCUUAGGGAGUUUCACAGGAUUUCAGCCACCGAUACUGACGUCACCAAUCCAACAACAGAGUCGUGGAGGAUUUGGGGGAUUGCUUAGCAGGCUUUUUGGUUGAAGAUUAUUACCACAACAGGUUCAUAAUCGGGAAAAGAACAAUCUUCUACAUCAAUAUUUUAUUUGAGAUGCAGCUAGGAGAUUCUUGAAGUCCUUUUUUUGCUACAAACAACCACGGAAGAUACCAUUGGAGUAGUGCUAUAAAAUACAUUUAGUUUUUAAAAAUUGAUUUAUGAAUUCUGAUCCUUGAAUAAUAUCAACUUGUUCCAUGUACAAUUUACUUUGAAUAUAUAUAUAUAUAUAUAUAUAUAUAUAUAUAUAUAUAUAUAUAUAUAUAUAUAUAUAUAUAUAUAUAUAUAUUACACUUUAUAUACUGUAUUUCACUUAUUGGUUAAUAUUCUGCACUUUAGACAGCAAACUGCAUUAUAAUAAGGUAUAAGGAAUUUCUAAUGUUUCGUGAUACAUGUAUGAUUUUUAUUCAACUCCUUACAAGUGUGUUUUCUAUCUCUGUGAAGAAAGGCUAAUAGGGGAUAGAAAACACAACUCGUUUGAGGCAUGCGAGAUGCAAAAUAUGACUUUUAUAUACUGGUAAUUAUUAAUUUUUCAUAGUCAUUUGUAGGGGAAACUCAAUACUUAUUGUUCUCUGGGGAAGUUAGUCUAUGAAAAAUUGUAUUCAUUGAUGCUGUUUGUUGAAAUAAAUUGUUGAUGCUGUUAAA